GGGUUGCGGCGGAGCCUGGAGGCUGAGAAAAUGAGGCAGAAGGAAGUGUUAACCAAGACCUUCCAAGGCCCAGCUGUUGUCUGCAGGACUCCGACCAGCCAUGUUUACAUGUUUAAGAAUGGCAGUGGGGACUCGGGGGAUUCCUCCGAGGAAGAGUCACACCGUGUGGUUCUGCGACCCCGGGGCAAGGAACUCCAGAAGAGCGGUGCUCACCACCCUCACCAGCCAGGAGCAGGCGACGUGGUGCUGCUGCAGCGGGAGCUGGCCCAGGAGGACAGCCUCAACAAGCUGGCUCUGCAGUAUGGCUGCAAAGUUGCAGAUAUCAAGAAAGUCAACAACUUCAUCAGAGAGCAGGACUUGUACGCUUUGAAAUCUAUUAAGAUUCCAGUGAAAAACCACGGGAUCCUAACAGAGACCCACAAAGAACUAAAACCCCUCCCGAGCCCAUCUUCAGAGACCAAAGUGACCGUGGAACUGCCGGAUCCAGACAGAGCAGCUGCAGGCCCUGACGCUGGACCCAGCCGACUGACAGAUUUCUUUAAGGAAAUUGACCAGAAUAUUGAGCGUGCGGUGCAGUCAGAAACCUUUCUGCGAGAAAGCUGCUGCGUAGAGACCUCCAAUCAGCCACUGCUCCCAGCCCCUCCAAAGACACGGACCAAUGGUGCAGACUGUGGAAUUCAGUGGUGGAAUGCUGUUUUUAUCAUGCUUCUAAUUGGGGUUGUUUUGCCAGUCUUUUAUUUAAUUUAUUUUAAAAUGCAAGCUACUAGCGAGACCCUUAAUAGCUUGAACACAACCAACAUCCCCAAUGGCUCAAUGGCACUGGGUCCAGUUCCAGGGCAAGCCCCCAGAUUAGUGGUUCCAGUGCCAACUGUCACCUCUUCAGACGGCCAGUUCAGUCCGACCACGCACGCGGGGGACUAAGCUGCUGUUUUUCAAGAAUCAGCUGGCUGUAGCAGCUUGGCGCGAUCGGCUGCCACGAGCCAUACCCUAGGGCUGCUACAUUUCAUUUCCCGGGACGGAGGACGCCACCAGAGUGUUCUGGAUCACACUGGCCCUGGAAAGCGGCCUCGCCUACUCCAAGGGCGCAGGAUCCACAGCGCCAGCGCCCUCACACCCCUGCAACCAGAGGGUGCAGCGACAGAGCCACUUACACGUAACACGUGGCCGUUUCUUGAAGACAUUUAGUGGACUGGCUGAGAGCGACUCCACGGCAGCGCUGUGUGGGCCCCCAAGCUGGACGUGCUUGGAGGGAGGGGAACGGCCUUGGCCACGGGACCUGCAGUGUGGG